CACGCAGGGGCGGGGAAGCCUCGGGGCAGCGCCUGGCGCGGAAGCGACGCGCUUCCGGCGCGCUCCCCGAGGCGCCGCGAGACGGUUUCCUGCUGGCGGGGGUGAGAUGGCGGCGCCCGGAGCCCCGGUUACCAUUACCGUCACCUACAGUAAUGAAAAACACAGUAUUCAGGUUGCUUCUCAUCAGGAAGAUGGUGAACCUACACUGCAAGACAUGGCUCUACUUAUUGAACAAGUCACUGGUGUUCCAGUUCCUUUUCAGAAACUGAUAUACAAAGGAAAAUCUCUGAAAGAAAUGGAACAACCAUUGUCAGCACUCGGUGUUAAAAAUGGUUGCAAAGUCAUGCUGAUUGGGAAAAGGAAUAGUCCAGAGGAAGAGGCGGAAUUAAAGAAGUUAAAAGAUUUGGAGAAGUCAGUGGAGCAUAUAGCUAACAAAUUAGAGGAAGUUAUUAAAGAACUCACAAGUAUCCAGAAGGGUUUUUUAGCAAAGGAUCUCCAGGCAGAAGCUCUGAAAAAGCUGGACAAGAGGAUAAAAGGAACUGCAGAGCAGUUCAUGAAGAUCCUGGAACAGAUAGAUGCCAUUAAUCUGCCAGAGAAUUUCAGUGACUGCAAACUGAAAAAGAAGGGACUGGUCAAAAGGGUUCAGGCUUUUCUUGCCCAGUGUGAUACAAUCGAAGGAAAUAUUGGUCAAGAAUUGGAUAAGCUGCAAUCAAAGAAUUUGGCACUGGCAGAAUGAGGCAUUGGUCUACUUAAUUAGGAAACAUAAUUGCUCUAUGAGCAAGAAGAAAAGUUUGCUCUUUGUUUUGGAGCACGUAUUCAGCUUUCUUUUUUUUUUUUUUUUUUUUUUUUUUUUUUGAGCCCAGUCUGUUAGACUGGUACUAGUUAAUCAUUAGUUGCUGGUUGUCAUGUUUGCCACUUGGUUAGACCUAUUAUUCUGAAAAGAAAACAAUCCUUCCUAGAGAACUGCAGAAAUAAUAUUUGUGGUGAAUUGUUGUGUGUCUUAUGGACGAGUGUUUAGUUAACUGAGUAACAAAGUUUGCAGUGAUGGGCAAUUUUGCCUGUUAUGUCUGGGAAUUAAUUUACAGCUCAAAUCAAAGAAGAUCUAUAAUCAUAAAAAUGCCGUAAGUCACAGUUGUAGAACUUCAGCUUGCUUGAAAAAAGCAAACUGAGGCAACAUCUGGGGAAGUAUAACAUUGUAGUAGACAAUUCAGAGCAAUAAAAAGACCACACAUUUGUAUCUACUUAAUGUUUGUAUGCAUUGAUAAACAUAAGAAAGCUUGACUAUAAGGGAGUUGUACCUAUUUUAGCCUUAAAUUGUCAUAAUAAAUGGGAUGUACUGUAACAUGUAUGGUACUUAAUUCUGAGUGGUGCUUUACGUUGUUGUUGAGCUCCUUGAUACAGGUGUAUAUUUUUUUACAUGGAUUUCUGAUGUACUGUAUUUUAUAGCUUAUUUUUAUUGCUUCUGUUAUGUCUUGAGUUAUGGUGGUAAAUGAAAUGGGAUCAUUUCUGCUGCUCAUAUACAAAGGAUUCAGUUGAAACAAGGUAUGAAUAAGCUCUUUUAAAAGAUACUUUUGGCUUCUGUUCUGGUUUCACUGAAUCCAUGCUAUAUUUAAUGGAAAUUUGCAGUGAUUGUUUCUGACUGAUGCUUGCAGACAUAUGUCCUGCUUAACCUUCCUUAGUAGGUGAAAAAUAAACUUUGGCAGGAGGUAGUAAUUGUUCUAGCAGGUGCAGCCAGCUCUGUUUGCAAUUGUGAGCCAGAGCUCACAUCUGGCAUACCUGUAAUGGGAGCUGCUUUUUCACUGAUGCUUCUGUGAUAUCUAAGUCUGUCGUCAUACACAGUGACUGGUGAAAUACUGACCGGCAGGAGCCUGUUCCUGUGACAAACCUGAGCUCCUUCAUCUCACAUGAGUCAGAGACUGAGGUUGUUUAGAGAUGGCCCCUUAGAUAAUGAGUCUUUAUCUGCAUAUGACUGUUUUAUGAUUAGCUCUCCUUACAAAAUAAAAGUAGAGAAAGGGGCUAAAAGGAUAAUUUCUAAUAAGUUGCAACCAUUAAAGUAUUAUCCUGCAGUAUUUCUCUGAUGUUUGUAAUUAGAGGAGCAUUUCUUUAGUGAAAAACACUAUUGGACAAAUGGAGUGGUAGCCCUGCAUUAAAAAUGGGUCACUUUUAUUGUAAAAAUGCUUUUUGACCAUACCAAGAUUCAAGCUGCCAUAUUUCUGUUGUUAUCAGUUUCUUUAAGAUUGCAUUUUUUCCACAUGAAACUGUUUUUUUAGGAGCUGUAAAAGAUUUUGAGGCCUAAAAUCCUAGUAAACUUGGCUACUAGUUAGGAAAUGGUAUGUGUGGCAGGACUGUGGGUAUUUUUUCCUACUGUUAGUACUCUGAUCCUGCUGUAUUUGCCCAGCACUUCAAGUUUAUAGGGAGGAACAGCUGUAGCCAUUUUUAUGAAGACCUAGCUUAGUGCCACUUCUGUGCAAGGUUCUGCUGACUCUUAAACCAACAGCAACAUGGUUGCUUAAUUCAGGAGAUGCAAAAUUGCCCACUUUCCUUUGAUGAAAAGGAUCCUCACUUCCUCAAAUGUGAAUGUGCUCUAAUGCAUUGAACUUUCACAGGUGCCAGUUUCAUGGGCAGAGAAUAUUUUGCCUAUUAAGAGUUGUGGUCAUGACUGGGAUUGUGUUCACUUCUGCUGCUCCUUUGUGGUUUUCUCACUUUGGCAAGAUCAUUAAGGCUAUAGACAGACGUUGUUGUUUGGAUCUGUUAGUGGAAAAGGUCAUUGACUCCAGCUACUUACCAUCACUCUUUUACCAGAGACUGCUGCCGCUUGAGACCUGAUUGCGUGAGUAUAACCCGAACCUGUCUCAAAGCGGGAUGCAUUAAUUUGAUGAUUUUAAAUAGUAAAUCUUUGGUAAUCUGAGGCAAAAGGAGUGAUGAUGAACCUCUCCCACCAGCACAUCUGGAUUCAGAAGAGGAUGUCCAGAGCUGAAGAACUUCUGUGAUAACUCCUGUUAUCAGUGUUCAGUUUCCAGGACAAAAGCGUAAGCAGAUUAAGACAAAUUUGUGCAAAGAAAACUCAUUGUUUUGAAAACCAGGUAUAAAAAUGAACUGUUUGGAAAAUAGAUGGUUAUAUUUAAAAUUUUGUAAGAACUUCUGGUGCGGAUUGACUUUUUUGCUUAUUCUUGAAAGAUAAGCCGUACACCUCAUGUUUUCCAUAAUAGCCUUAUUUUUAGUAAAAACAAAAAAACCCUAAUGCUUUUGAAAAGUGCAGCAGACUACAAUCAUGGAAGGAAGAGGGGACAAUUAGAAUCAUUGGGACUUUGUAAAGGUAAACAUGGAUCUCAAAGUCAAAUUUAAGGUGUAUUCUCCCUAAUUCUGUAGUCUAGGCAUACUGUAAUACCUACCUUGCUACUGAAUCAGUUCUUCUCCUCCCAUACCACCUGCCUUGGCUAUGUGAAAAGGCAAAGUUAUUCACUUUUGCAUUAGUUUCACUUAUCCCGUUGUCUUCCAGUUGCUGUAUUGCUUUGGCUUCGUUUGCACAUCUCAGAUUGCCAUUCAUGCAAAAUGUCUUAUGAUGCGGUUUGUCUUCUCUGAAAAUUGAAAUGGGAUCACGGUUGCUGGUAGGCUGUGGUAUGAGGCAUACCAGAACUGAUGUUCACAGAGCUACAGUCUUGAGCUGUGAGACCUCUUGCUCUUUAUUUUUAAGAACAGCUUAAAAUAUGCUGUUUUUGGUGAUGAUGUUGGUGACCAAGUUCUCCUGGCAGUCAUACUGUUGUAAACCUGGAGUAAUACUAUUUUGACAUUUAGUAGUAGCUCACAGUUUGGGGUGUUAUACUUGACACCAUAGAACUUGGGGCUCGAUUUUUCUUUUUUUCAGUUAACUUAUUUUAUUGUACCAUCAUAAAUGAAAAGGAAAAAAAAUAAAAUAUGGAAAUUUCUCUGCU